CGUGGUCCGGACAUGUCCCGGCGCAGAACAUUUUUAUUUUCAUAAUCAAACAACAGUAACAAAACAAUCCACUCUUUCCUUCCUAGUGCAAGGAAAAAUGUUGGAUUCCGAAAUAGUAUUUAGUAUAAAAUUAUUUCGCGUUUUUAACUCGCGCAGUUAAUUUCGUUGAGAAGCAAUUUUUUUUUGUAUAUUUUUCGCGGUGGUGAUGAAAACUUGAUUACGUUGUGGUUUUAAACUGUCGUGGAAGUGAUAACGAAGGAUGUGACGUGUUGAGUGCUGAAGGAAGAUUUAAUAAAUGAGAGUGACGUCGGUGGUGUUCGCGAAUUUUCUGCAAUAUAUUCGAGCUUAGUUUAACAGGCUUAGUAAUUAGGGAAACAGUAUUAUUUUUUGAUUGAGGAGCCUUUUACAACGAGGAGCUUUUAACAUUAUGAAAUAAACUAUAAAACGAAGUGCUAAUCAAAAUGAGUUCGCGGGACUAUUACAAGGUGUCGUACAUGAACAAGGGAGCUGACCGCUCCAGGAUCUCCCUGGACCAUGAUGUCCUCGACAACGACACGGAGUUCAACGCUAACCAAUUCAAACUGUACGAUGACUUCACCACUGACCUUCGUAUGGCCUUCAACCCGCUCAGGCGGAACUACCACGAUAUCACCAGGACUGAUAUGAUGAUGAGGAGGAGGGGUGACCCUAACGACUCUGGGGUCGAUAUGGAAAAUGGGAACCCUCUGGAAGAUGUAUCAGCUUCUAACGAUAGCGACCUGUUGGAGAACGAAGUAAUGGUAGAUCCUUGGAGCAGCAUGGACUCCUCGAAUUCACCGUUAACUGACUCCGGACCAUCGGCAAGUGAAGACUGCACCCCCUCCACUUCAAGCGAACCCCCUCGCGGGCCUCUAGAUGCGACUUCCCCUCUAUCGCCUGACUCGCGCCGCUUACCCGAUCCAAAAGACACCAAAACCAAAAUUGUCCCCAAACACAUUCCCCAAAAGGCAUCUGACAAGGCGCGUUCGCGAGACCUUACCCUUGAGCUAGAGACCUUAGAGCCUGACCUCCUCUCACGCCGGCCACAUUUUCUUGAUGAAGAUUAUCAACCGCCGUCCAAGUCAAACAUCGAAUGCCGUAUCCCUAAGCCACAUUUCCUCGAUCACUCACCAUCGCCUGAUGAAUUCGACGAACGCAGUGAUAUUACAAAUCCAAACUUCCUCGACGAUGAAGUCGAUGGCGAUGAAAAUGCACAAAAGAAGGCUGGAGCUCUUCCAAAACGACCACAGAAAAAUCAGCCAUCCACUUACUCCAGUUCAGAAGAUCGGCCGCACAGAACGAGUUACCGAAGCACUCUACAUUAUGGGUUAGAAAGUGCGGCUAGAUCGAGUGAACGAGACAAAAGAGCUUCCCAGCUCUACAGAGGGACCUGGCCAGGAGAACGCGAUGUCUGGACAGGUCAUGACUCCGCUAGCGUUCGCAGUUUCUCUAGUAACGGUUCCGCUGAAGGAACAAGACCUUCGUCUAAUUUAGAAAAUAAGAUGGAAUGCGUUUGUUCGUUGAUUUCGCUUUUAAGCCUAUCACCAGAAAACAACGCAGACCUGAGCGGCCCCUUACUGGAAAUGAGCCGAUCAGUUGAAAGUUGCAUCGCAAUGAGACAAGCUGGAUGCAUCCCGCUACUAGUGCAGUUAAUACAUUCGAAGGUCUCUAGAGAGACGCGAGACCGCGCAGCCAAGGCGCUUCGUAACAUUAUCCACACGCAAACUGACGACAAGGCAGGCAGAAGAGAAGCUAGAGUUUGGAGAUUGUUGGAACAAGUCCGGGAAUACUGCUAUGUUUUAGAAGAUCUCGUGGAAAUGAGAAAAGAAGGAAAAGAAGUUAUAGAAGAUGAUGUUACUAAGCAUCCAAGCCAGAGCGUUGCAGCCCUGAUGAAAUUGUCAUUUGAUGAGGAGCACAGGCAUGUAGUGUGUCAGUUAGGAGGGCUGCAGGCGCUGGCUGCAUUAGUCAGUGGCGACCAGGCGGCACACGGCAGCAGAACUGAUGACAACACAUGUUUGACCAUGAGGAAAUACGCCGGGAUGACCUUAACGAACCUCACCUUCGGAGACGGCAACAACAAGUCCUUGUUGUGUUCAUUCAAGGACUUCAUGCUAGCACUGGUCGAACAAUUGGAAUCACCCAACGACGAUAUGCGACAGGUAACAGCAGCAGUGCUGCGAAAUCUCUCCUGGAGAGCUGAUACCAACAGCAAGCAAGUGCUAAGAGAAGUAGGAGCUGUCAAAGGCCUUACUAAAGCUGCAAUGACGUGCCAAAAGGAGGCCACUCUGAAAUCUGUACUCUCGGCCCUCUGGAACCUGACGGCUCAUUGCUCAAUGAACAAAGUAGCCUUAUGUUCCGUUGAAGGAGCUCUGGGCUUCCUUGUUGAUAUGCUCAGCUACAAUUCGCCCACAAAAACCCUGGCUAUAGUUGAGAACGCAGGUGGCAUCAUGAGGAACGUAUCCAGUCAUAUCGCUGUACGCGAAGAUUACAGACAAAUUCUCCGGGAGAGAAAUUGUUUAAGUGUCUUACUGCAGCAUCUCAAGUCUCCGAGUCUCACCGUCGUCAGCAACUCGUGCGGCACGCUGUGGAACCUGUCUGCGAGGUGCCCGCAAGAUCAGCAGUUCCUGUGGGAUCACGGCGCGGUGCCUAUGCUCAGGAGUCUCAUCCACUCUAAGCAUAAAAUGAUAGCGAUGGGCUCCAGUGCCGCCCUCAAAAACUUGCUCAAUUCCAAACCGGGUAAAACGCACAUUAUCUCAUUAGACACAACAGCUAGAAACAUGAACUUACCGGCGCUACCUACAUUAGGUGCCCGAAAACAAAAAGCGUUAGAGCAAGAGUUGGACCAAAACUUGGCCGAGACUUGCGACAACAUCGAACCAGCUACGUCACCCACAACCAGUAACAGAGAAGAGAAGAACCUCUUUACCGCCACGGAGAGACAAAUAGCAAUGAAUUUGGAACGACAUAGAAUGACAUCCAGUUCACCUCUCAUGGGGACAUUGACUUCUCAGAUAUCCUUGAGUCAUAGCGCACACCUGGCCAGCUACUUGAGCUGCAGUAACACUUUGCUGAAGGGAGCACUAGUCACUCGCUCAAAUACAGGCAGUGCUGGUAACGUGAACCGAUCAGAAAGCAAGGACUCAGUCACCAGCACUCACUCAGACUCCGUGUUUGAGCGAGUCAUGCGCACCGGGAAGGUACCUGUACCGACACCUAGGAACAAAGACCUAAUGAAGAGUGAAAACUCGGGUGAAUCGUUUAAAGCGUCUUCGAAGCAACACAAAGACAGUUCUUUCCUUCGAUAUCCCACACAGCCUCCAAUUCCUCCGCCAAGAAGUACUACUGAGAUGAGAACAAAUUACACAGAAUCCGGUUUUGACGUCGACCAGGAUUCUUGUGACCAACCAAUUGACUACAGUAGGAAAUACUCGGAGACGAAGAAUACUGAAUCUGAGGGAGACAAGCCAAAGACUGAUAACAAGAAGUAUUCAAAGAAAGAAAGCGCAAACAGCACGUAUGGUGAUUAUCAAGAGACUGAUUUAGACCAGCCCACUGACUACUCACUACGUUACGCUGAACACCAAUCGGAGACUGGGUCGGACAUGUCGGAACCAGCUGGUCCUUCGGUUCACGAAGACACCAUUAAACACUUCGCCACAGAAGGCACUCCUUAUGAAACACCGGCGAUAUUUUCUACCGCCACCUCAAUGUCGGAUCUUAGGGUAAUCGGUAAGGACCAUAAAAAAGGUGCCGCGACACCCAAACCUAACCCUGAGGCGAUGACGCAUUCAGACGAAAAGGACACUUGUUCAAUCGAAGAUCCUCCAAACCACGACAACGACAGGGCAGCAUCGACACCUCAAACUGCAUCCGUUCCAGAACCUAUUCCGGAGAAACAAGGACUAUUCGAUACCAAGUUCAGUUCUGGAAUGAUAAGCCCUGAGAAGCCAGUGAACUACUGUGACGAGGGAACUCCAGGCUACUUCUCAAGAGUGAGCUCUUUGAGCAGUCUCGGUGAGCCUACCGAAGAAGAUAGCCUGGCAAAGAAAAACGCAAUGGCAACAAUAAACGUGGAGCCGAGCCCUCCAGAACAGAGUACGAGCAGUUCUGCUAAGGACAAAGAAGGUUCCAAAGCAGUAACGUUUGCGACGGAGCCUGUAUCCGUGUGUGGUUCGGAGCCGGUAUCAGCCCGGGCGACUCCUCCUCCUCAAAGGUUCGUGGAGGACACGCCGCUGAUGUUCUCCCGGUCCAGCUCGCUCGGCUCACUGCCUGAAUGCUCGCAGCAAGACGAUCAAGGAUCUGUCGUGUCGGAAAUUAGCCGACUGACCUCAGGCUGUAUAUCCCCGAGCGAGAUCCCGGACUCGCCGGGCGCCAGCGUGCCGCUGUCCCCGCGGACCCGGGCCGCGCCCACGCAGGAGCUGCUCACUGCACUGUCCACGCCACCACAAGAACCAGCAUGCGUGGGAUCAGUAUUCGAAGAGCGUGUCUCCAGGUUCCUAGUGGAACACACUCCAGCGCAGUUCUCCGCAGCCACCAGCCUCAGUAGCCUGACCAUUGACGAUGAGCCUAAGCUGCCGAAGCAAUCUCUAAAACUGUUACCAAGAGUUACCGAUCAAGAGGACCUCGACUGCUCAGCGAGCAAUAAUCCCGAAGACAACAGGAAUAGAGACGAACUGCGAUCGUUGCCUUCAUCGAACCACGUGUUAAACGAACCAAUGAAAGGCACUCAGACCCCAGGCGAGGUGUGCAAGGUAUACUUCACAGAAGACACUCCCGCCAUCUUGUCCAAAGCGGGCAGCAACUCCAACCUGUCAGCGUUGUCCAUUGACUCCGCCCCCGCCCCGCCCACUCACGACAGACACGACACACACGACGCACACGACACUUCCGACAGCUCCAAUUUAAGCGACGCUGGAGAUUUGUUAGAAGAGUGCAUACAGAAAGGCAUCGCUAAGGUGGUGAAGAAUAAGGGUCCAUCAUCCGAAGUAUCCUCUAUCAAUCCUUACAGGGACGAUGUCUAUAGAUCGUUGCCGCCAUACUUGCGGUCAUCCACGGAAACAGUCAGGAUGUCUCACGAGUUUGCUAGAACAGUUCAUGAUAGUGCAUCGUGCAGUUCAGGCAGUCCCCCGCCCCCGCUGCCGCCCAAGGUCACACAGCUGGCCGCGCCACCACGACCUCCCGCACUGGAAGAUGGUCGCAAGUACGAAAGUCGUCUGCCAGUGAAAGCUGCAGGUAACGGCAGAGAGCGGCCGCGCCCCGCAGGCACCGCCGAGCUCGCACGGAACGACUCGCUGUCCUCGCUGAGUCUCGACUCCUUCGGCUCCACCGACAGGGAGAUCUUCGAGGAGACCGUGCAGGCCGGCCUGUCCAGCGUCACCCCGCGCGCGCGACACUGUCUCGACGAGCGACUGCGGGCACACUCCGCCGAGGCGGGCGCGCGCCGCGACCCCGCCCCCGCGCCCCGCGCCUCUCGCCCCCGCCGCCGCCGCCCUGCGCCCCCGCGCUCCGCGCACGCCUCGCCGCGCCUCGAGCGCAGCACGUCGCUGUCGUCGCUCAGCAACGACUCCUUCGGCUCCACCGACCGCGAGGUCUUCGAGCGCAGCGUGCGACUCGGCAUGUCCCGCGCACCGCCGCGACGCCGCGGACGGAGCGACGACAGGCUCGAGGCGCGACGCCGCAGGGGGCGCCGCCGGUACCGCCGCCAGCACGGCCGCGGGGGCGGCGCCCUGGCCCGCAUGGGCGCGGCGCGCGCGCUGCUGGAGGAGGUCAUAGCGCGCGGGGCGAGGGGGGCGCGGCGUCCGGCGCCAAAAAACGUGUCCCCGCCCCCUGCGGCCCGCGCGCCCGCAGGCGGGCCCCGCCCCCGCGCACGUGGCUGUGACGCCUCCAACGAGUGCCUGGCGCCGCGCUCGGCCGACACGACGCUGGACUCGGAGCCCGAGCGGCCGGACGAGCUGGACCGCUCCAACGAGUCCUACGCGGACGUGCUGGACCGCUCCUGGAGCGACGGGGAGCACGCGCGCGACGUCGGCGACGGCGGCACGUUCACCAGGCACCGCACGAACCAGACCAAGCUGGAGUGGACCGACAUCAAGUGCACCGACGUCAAGCCCCUAGAAGAGCUGCCGGCCAACAUUGAAGACGUGUCCAAGCGCAGCACUGACACUUGGAACGACAACACGUGCCCCGAUGACGUCACAUUCCCCACGAUCAGUGGCUCCGUACACAUGGUCUCGUCAAUCCGCAGUGAAGUCGCCGACCACAACUUGACGCUACCAGAUUUACUGGAGAAGAGCGAAGCGCCCACGAUGUCGUUCUCCCGCCCAGAUUUGACCAACAAGCUAGAAGUUGACAGAGACAUCCCACAGUCUCCACUAGUUAUGAUGAUGGACAGCAAACUGGAAUCUGAGCGGCUGAUGUUGGACAGUGUACCAGAGCCGAGCUUCACGUCACUUGUAGAUGACGGGGAACAAAAGUUCGACUCCAUCUUAUCCGCUGCUAUAGAGAAGGAAGCAGCGAGACUGGCCGCGCAACUGAAGAGUUCUCACUAUGGUAUGGAGGCUAGUGUGACGUCACUCACGUCUCUCGACCUUGACAAUGUCAAGCCGCCGUCAAACCUCGGCAGCUUGCUUUCACUCAGCGCCUCCGGACACUGGGACGAGACUUCACAAGUAUCAAAGAAAUCACAAAAGAGUCGGAAAAAGUCACUUCCUGUUGCCUUGAUGGUAAAACGAGCUCUCAGCAACUCGAUGCACCAAGGCAGCUCUGAGCACCUGGACAGCAAUCCUGUCAGUUUCCUCGACAACGUGAAGCCGCCUUCUGAAAUGGACAACAUCGACAUGGAGAGCAGUAUGAUAUCCGUCUCCAGCAUCGUAUCGGAGGUGGCUGAAGUCAAGGACCGGGUACCCAUCGUGUUUGACUUCAAGCAGCCCGUGCAAGACUUCCCUCUGUGCAGCACUUUCACCAAUGUCUUCCACGACCUCGACAAAGUUAAUCCGCCAUCUUUGUUCGAUGAGAUUGCGGAGUCAACGAUAGAAGUGGAACCGACCACAGCACAACAAGUAUAUGACGACUGCGUGUCCAAUACCUUGAACGUCGUCACCGAUAUACCGUCAGGAUCGGAGAACUGCACGCCCAUACCGUCAGAUAUCAGUAGCGUAGAGUCCACGCCAAAGAGACAGAGAGAUCCGAAAUAUUUGACCCCGAAAGAAAAGAGACAUGUGUCUAAAGAUAGAUACCAAACAUACACCAUUACAGACACCGUAGCUGAGAGCGAUGUUGUACUUGAAGUAGAAGAAGAAUUUGUUACGUGGACUAAAUCAGAGAGCGACCGAUCGGACGAGUAUGUGACUGCAACGUCAGAGGUGAAGUCAAGGAGGAAACUGAGCGCCAAACAGAGGAGGUUGGAAGACAGAGCUAGGUACCAAACUCAAACUGUUGACAUACACACCAUCCUACCGCCAGAACCACAACAAAAGGUAGUGGAUCCUCACUUGGAGAGCCUGAAACAACGGCUAGCAGCCAAAAAGACUAUGAAACAAAAACGUAUAGAAGACGCGGAACGAUUCCGAACGAGGACCUUGAGCGAAGAUAUCCCUCCUUCUCCCACGUUUGUAACAAAAGAUGCGAACUUUGAGAACGUGGAGACCACCACGGGGUAUGACAGCUUGUCCUCCAACGAGCUGAACCACCAGCAGAUAUCGGAUGACAGGCAGGACGACGACGUGUUCUCCCGGGAAACUGACAGCGGACACAAUGAAGACGACUUCGAGCUCAACUCUACACAGAUGCAGACUUACACCAAGAGCUUCAGGAAUUACUUGCCUGUAAUCGAAAGCCCCGCUGCAGUCGACAUGUGCGUCGUUUACAAUCUUAAAAACAUUGAGAUGACUGCCUCGUACAAGCGCACCGUGCAGAUGCAAUGCGAUAAGAAUCAGAACCCGAGCAGCAGCGACUUCGCAAGCUACGAGGGCGACAGCAACUCUGAAGAUAAAGCACAUUCUGAGUCGGACCCGGAGACUCCGCGACCCAAGCCGAAGAUUAUAAAGCCGGCUCGACGUGACGAAAGUCUAGACUCCAAUGAAUCUCUAGACAAAGAGAAUGAUACACCUAAAGCUAUCAGGGGACGAAAGAAGGCACUAUACGUCUCGCCAUACAGGCGAAACGUUUCCGCCGCACCUAAAAAGGUCGCGGCCACUCCAACUAAACCCAUCCCUAAGAGUGCUCCCCCCAAACCCACAAACCCUGUCAAAGCCCACACAAGUGCCAAAACACCCAAACCUUCCGUGACCAAAGCAUCCAGUGCUACCACUUCCCCUAAAAAAUCUCUUCCAAAGUCCCCCACUAAACUACAACAGAAACCAAUUUGUAUUCCUCCUGUUGCCACAAAACCAUUACCUCUCGAACGACAGGGCACAUUUACCAAGGAGGAGAGUUCUGUACCUGCCAAGGACUUACCUGUUCCCGUCCCUGAUAAAAAGACGACUGCUCCGCGGCCGUCUAAGGGACCCACUCCCAAUAAAAAUAACACAUCUCCUUCAAGGCUUCCACAGUUCAACCGCACACGAGCUCCCCCCACCAAGGUCAGUCAGCCCAAGCCUUCAACAUCACGGGUUACGAAAAGACCUGAACCAACGAUGAAGAACUCUGCUUCCAAUCACAGCUUGCAAAGCAAUGAGAGUGGAAAGACUAUCACUAUAGCAUCGAGAAGUUCGCGACAAGGCAGCACCUCCAGCGUCAACUCGAUACAGUCUUCUAAAACAAACUCCAAAGACAUCGAAAGCAAAAUAGCAAGUUUGUGGAAGAAAGUAGAACAAGCGAAAAAGUUGCCAGCUAAGGCAGAAAAGAAGGUUUGGAUCGAAGCUGAUAAAACGGAACCUCCCAAACUCAUUCGGAGCUCUACGUUCGAGGGGCAACCGAAGGCCCAGGUGUCUUCAGCCCCUAAGCAGAAGUCUGCGAUAGGUAUAAGAGUAUCUCAGAUACCCAGCUUGAGGCCAAAAACUGCGCCGAGUAAGCCCGCUGGGCCAGUGAACAGUGCUAAAAAAACGAACACUAGAAUUUUUACUAGGAAGCCAGCCGGUGGACAGAUUACGUCGUAAAUGUACGUGUUAUGUGAUUAUAAUGUUCUAAUAGUAUUAUGAGGUCGAUGACUAACAUCAUUUUAAUUCGUGCAUGAAAUAUAAUCAAGUGUUUUGUGUAAGAACUGAUUGAUCGCUCUAUAUUCUAUCUGACCUCAUGACUACAUACAACAAUAUAGAAUUACAAUUUCAUGUAAUAUUAUUGUAAGGCCUACUACGCAUUGUUGUGUAAACUCCGGUCAAUUACGAUGUAUUGUAUUAAAACUACAAUUAUUCAUAUUUCACUACUGCAGUUUAAUGAAACUUGGACCAUGAUGUUCGCGUAAUAUGAAAUUGUAAAAUGAUACGCGAAGGCGUUUCGUUAUCCGUGCUAUGGUGAACUAUAUUUCUUGAUUAUCUUUAAAUCAUGGUACACAGCUGUGCUAAUUGACAAUCAGUAUGAUUUAACACUUUCCAAUAUACAUCAGUUAAUAGGCGAACACUUUUAAACAGGUGUUUAAAUACCGACAUCUUAUAUUAUACUUAGGUGAUUAUCAACAUUACCGAUUCAAACAUUUCACAAAAUUCCUACAUACUAGCUUACUCAACAUUUUGUGAAACGUUUGAUUCGUAAUGCCGUGGUACUCCUUAGAUUAACAUGUACUUAUUGUGAUAAUAUCAAAACUAUGAUUUCCAUCAACGAAAUAAAGUGCAAUAUCGAUUAACAGCUUACUAAACUUCAUAUGAUGUUAUUGUAAAGACGCACUUGUAUGGGAGUACCACUAAUUAUAAAUAAAUAAAUAUUAGACUAAUGAUUCUUGAUUGUGAACUUGUUCUCGAGUGAAAAUUCAGUUAGUGACCUGUUUUUAUUUCAUCAUUUACAUUAAUUUCUUUUGUAUAUUUGUUGCAUUUAUUCCUAUUUUAGAGACUUUAUGUUCGAGAUUUAUUUCGACUGCAAUUUUAGUUUUAUAAGGAGAUAUAUUGAAAGACAUAGUCACAAUUCUUUUUUAUUACUCGCAUAAUACUUUAUUUUCUGUGAAUGUAUCGAGAUCGAUAAACUAGAAAAUAUAUUUUUAACUAUGUAAUAAGGCUUGUUCCUUGUGGAAUUAUGUCGGCUUAUACAGAUCUUAGUUUAUUGAUGUAUCUCGAUUAUAUUUUAAGUCGCGUUCUAACUGCCCGAAAGCAAUACCUUGCUAACAAUAUUAUCGUUUAGUGAACACGUUCCUCUAAAUUCUCUUCCAGUUGUAACAUUGGAAUUUGUAGUAAAAACUUGAACGUUUUCUCACUAUAAAUACUAUCGUGUAUGGCUAUUGUAAAUAUAUCCCCGCUAAAUUAUAGUUAAGGUUACCGUUAUGCAAUUUGUAUAUUUUUUCAUAAAAUUUACAAUGGAAAUGUUCGCUUGGGAGUAAACAUUGAGACGCGACGAGGGGCUCCUCAAUGCGAGACGUACGCCCAGUGGUCGCGCAUUGUCUCAGUUUUACGUCUAGUCAGUUUUAAUGUUAGUUAAGCGGGAUUAAGAAAUUUGGCGUAAGGAACGUAAUUUUUACACAGAAAGUGGAUCGCAUCGAUUGUAACAGUUAACUGUAGGUUAUUAUUUAACUGGCUUCCUGUAGUUAGAUCGCCUUGCGAUUUUCACUUACGAAAUAUACAUAUUUCUGCAGGAAAAUCGUAGAAUUUUUGUAAUAGUAAUCGCCAACUAUUGCUUUUCUUCCAUUCAAAGUAUUUUAUAGAUAGUUUUUGUAAGUAAAAGUUUUAAAUCAAAGAGAAGAGCGUUUCCAUGAUCGCGAUUUACAAGUUGUUCCAUUACAUCGGGCACGGUGGAGGCGCGACCUCAGUUACACAUCUACCAAUAAAUAUACCUAUAGCUAAACAUUUAUUAUCUAAACAAUCAUGUAAUGUCAUGAUUAGUACUGAUUCCUUUAUUAUGUAGUUAGUAGUCGCAUAGAUAAUUUCUUUAUUCUACCACACGAUGUAGCGAACGCCAUCAUUUUCAUGUAAUAAGCCAGUUUUAUAUAGUUAAAUAAAUACAUAGAUUUAAGGUGCGUAAUUUGAUGGUAAAUAAAGGAUACUUACCGCAA